AUGUCUUCUACAUCUCUCCGGAGCAUGCGCUCAUCUCGAGUCUUCUCUUCUCGUCUCCAUCCCAACCUUUCCAAGUCAUUGAUUCAAAUCCGGACCAAGGCUACCGCGCCUUUCCGUCUUCCCGACCCUCGCAAUGAACCUAACCUUCUAUACAAGAAAGGAUCGGAAGAGCGUGUUAAACUAGAAGAAGCUCUAGUCAAUCUCCGAUCUCAGCUUCCCGUUCAAGGCGACAUUAUCUACAACGGCAUAGCUCAAAAGAGCACUCAAUUUUGGGACCAGCCCUUGCCUGCUGAACAUGCUACCAUCUUCACCAAAUAUCCCCUUGCAACCAGGGUGCAGACGAAGGAUGCUAUCAAAGCCGCACUCAAGGCGAAAAAAGACUGGGAAGAGACCCCGUUCGUCGACCGCGCGGCCAUCUUCCUCAAGGCCGCCGAGCUGGUAACUGGAAAGUACCGCUAUGAUUUAAUUGCGGCUACUAUGCUAGGCCAGGGCAAAAAUAUUUGGCAGGGUGAGAUCGAUGCCGCUGCUGAGCUAGCUGAUUUCUUCCGCUUGAACUGUAACUACGCUGCAGAGAUCCUCGAGCGACAGCCCACACGUGGUAGUGAUGGUAUGUGGAGUCGUCUAGAUUACCGCCCUUUAGAAGGUUUUGUGUACUCCAUCUCGCCAUUUAACUUCACCGCUAUAGGCGGAAACUUGAUCUCCGCUCCCGCGCUGAUGGGUAACGUCGUUAUCUGGAAGCCCUCCCCGUCCAACGUCUACGCCAGCAGCGUCGUCUACAAGAUCCUACUCGAGGCUGGUCUCCCUCCAAACGUCAUCCAGUUCCUCACCGGAGAUCCAGAGACAAUCAAUGACAUCGCUCUCUCCCACCACGACUUCGCCGGCCUAAACUUCGUUGGCUCGUCCGACGUGUUUCGUUCCCUCUACGCCAAGAUCGGCGAGGGUAUCGGAAAGAAGACAUACCGCGAAUUCCCUCGUGUGGUCGCCGAGACCAGCGGCAAGAACUUCCACCUCGUGCACGCUUCUGCCGAUAUCCCCAGCGCGGUCAACCACACCAUUCGUGGUUCUUUCGAGUACCAGGGCCAGAAGUGCUCUGCUACUUCUCGCUUGUACCUUCCCGAGUCUCGGGCUGAGGAGUUCUUUACUGCCCUCAAGGCUGGCGUGAAGGAGAUCACCAUCGGGAACCCGGACAAGAACCUCGAGGCUUUCAUGGGUCCUGUCAUCCACCGUCGCUCAUUCGAUAAGAUCAAGUCUAUCAUCGACAAAUGCAACAAGGACCCCUCUCUAGAAUUGAUUACAGGUGGUACCACCGACGACUCAGUCGGCUUCUACAUCCAACCCACCGUCUACAAGGUCAACUCGCCAGACCACCAGCUCUUCAAUGAAGAGAUCUUCGGUCCAGUCCUCGCCGUAUACGUCUACCCCGACGUCGAAUGGUCUUCCACAUUGAAAAAAGUCGACGAGGCUGGUGGUGGCUUCGCCUUGACAGGUGCUGUCUUCGCUCAAGACCGUCGAGCAAUCCGCGAAGCCGAAGAUGCCCUCCGCUACUCCGCUGGUAAUUUCUAUAUCAACUGCAAGACUACUGCCGCGCUUAUCGGUCAACAAUCCUUCGGUGGUUCUCGUGCCAGUGGUACCAAUGACAAGGCUGGUAGUUCCGACGUCCUACGCCGGUUCACCAGCCCUCGUCUGAUCAAGGAGGAAUUCUUCCCUCAAAACGGCUUCACUUAUCCUAGCAACCACUAA